AUGGGUUUCCUCAAGGUCCUCGCCACCUCUCUUGCGACUCUGGCAGUCGCAAAUGCUGGUAAGCUUCUUACCGUCAAUGAUGCCAGCUCGGUCGUUCCUAGCUCCUACAUCGUUGUCAUGAAUGAUGGCAUUAGCACCGCGGAUUUCGAAAACCACCGUGUUUGGGCUGCAGGUGUCCAUGCUCGUGCCACGAGCCGCAAGCGUGGCGAGUCUGGACCAGGCAAGCAUUUCGAAAUCCAUGGCCUGAAAGGAUACACCGCUAGCUUCGACGAUACUACCGUUAAGAGCAUUGCCAAUGACCCGGCGGUCAAGUACAUUGAGCCCGACAUGAUUGUGAACGCGACCAAGGACGUGGUUCAGGCCAAUGCUCCUUCCUGGGGCCUCCCUCGCAUCUCUAGCAAGACGCCCGAUACUACCGACUAUGUCUAUGACUCCACUGCUGGUGAGGGCAUCGUCGUCUACGGCGUCGACACCGGCAUCGAAAUUGACCACACCGACUUUGGUGGCCGCGCUGAGUGGGGCACCAACACUGCUGAUAGUGAUGACACUGACGGCAAUGGCCAUGGCACUCACACUGCGUCUACAAUGGUGGGCACCAAGUACGGUGUUGCAAAGAAGGCUACCAUCGUUGCUGUCAAGGUCCUUGAUAGCCAGGGCUCUGGAAGUAACUCGGGAGUCAUCUCUGGCAUGGACUGGGCUGUUAAAGACGCAAAGUCCCGCGGCGUCACUGGAAAGGCUGUUAUGAACAUGUCUCUGGGUGGCUCCGUUUCUCAGGCUAUGAAUGACGCUGCCGAGAAUGUCGUUAGCUCCGGUAUCUUCCUCGCUGUUGCUGCCGGAAAUGAAUCCGAGGAUGCGAAAAACAGCUCCCCUGCUUCUGCUCCCAAUGCAUGCACUGUCGCCGCUUCUACCAGCUCAGAUGGCAGUGCUUCCUUCUCCAACUUCGGUUCCCUUGUUGACCUCUAUGCUCCUGGUGAGGACAUCACUGCUGCCUACAUUGGUGGUGGCUCAGAAACCCUGUCUGGAACCUCUAUGGCUGCUCCCCAUGUUGCUGGUGCUGCCGCAUACCUGAUGGCUCUCGAGGAUGUGUCCGCUGAGGACGCUUGCGCCCGUCUUGUCGAGCUUGCUAUCGACUCUAUCUCCAGCGCUCCCUCUGGCACUACUGGCAAGCUUCUGUUCAACGGUAUCAGCGCAUAA